AUGACAUAUAUUGAAACUGCUUAUAUUAAACUAUCAAUCAAUAAUAAAUUACCUUCUAAUAAUAUUCAAAAUAGAUCUGCAUUAUUUCCUGAUACAAGCGAAACUAUUUCCACAUUAAAUAAAAAAGUCAAAGAAUUUGAAAAUAAAUUCAAAGUACUUUCUGAUCUAUUCAAUAAUAUUAAAGAAGAAGAAUUAAUGCUCACCUUUGAUUUACAACUUCAAUCAGUCACCUCUGCGAUUACUCAAAUUAUACCUAUGACUAAUCUUCAUAAAUGA